CGGCGGGUGGCGCUGGCCGCGGCGGCUCCGGGCUCGGUGUCCUUGUGCGGAAAUGACACACGGUCCCGUCACGUCACGCGAGAGCGCAGCGCGCGGACCCUCGCACACAAAGAGCGUGGGGGGGGGAGAGGCGGGCACCCGCUCCGGCCGCCCCCGCCACCGCCGCGACCCCCGCGCCCCGCCGAGUGAAAUAGAAGAUGAAUUCAGCUGAAAUCACUGAUGAUGAUGAAGUAAAAAUUCCUCAAAAAAAUAGAGUGAAAGUAGAAGCAGAAAAUGAAGAUGAAGCUCUAGACUGCUCAAUUACAUCCAGAUCCUCUGAAAAACACUCACUGGAUGGCACAGUUCCUUGCCUGCAGGAUUCCAACAAAAGGAAACAGAUCCCACUUGGCUGUGAUGGUUUAGGGAGCCAACCAGACGGUUUGCUCGGGGUGAAGAAAAGACGCUUUGUGCAAGAGGGCCCUGUUUCCAACAUGAAGAGCAGAGACACUGGCUCACCCACUCAGGUGAACACCGAGCAGCCAGGCAAGAACAAGAAUCCGAACGUCACGUGGCUCUGCGAAGAAGAAUCCUUCAGUGACAUAACCACUCCGUCUUACAAGAAGCCUCUCUAUGGCAUCUCACACAAAAUCACAGAGAAGAAGAACCCACCGGGAGCAGAGCAGUUUGCUUCUUACGAGCUGUUUGAAAAAAUCAACCCCAGCAGCCCCUCGCACCUUCGGACUUUGAACGAUCAACGCAAGAGGGACUCGGCCUCGGUCAUCGCCGUCACGGUGGGUACUGCAGAUUCUGACCCAAACAUAUAUUCUUUGAUCCAGAAAAUGUUUUACACCCUUAACACCCUCAAUACCAAUAUGACUCAGCUGCACAGUAAAGUUGACCUGUUGUCUCUGGAGGUUAGCAGGAUUAAAAAGCAAGUCAGCCCAGCAGAGGCUGUCGCAGACUUCAAGCCUCCCCCGGAGUACCAGCUGACUUCUGCAGAGCUGAAACAAAUCAUGGAUCAAAGCACAUCAGGUGGAGACUUAGCCUGCAGGUUGCUGGUGCAGCUCUUCCCAGAGCUCUUCAGCGACGAUGAGUUUGGCAGGAGCUGCAGUGCCUGUGGCUUUCUCAACAAAAGGAAACUUGAAUCUCUUCAUCUGCAGCUUAUCCGUAACUACGUGGAAGUUUGUUAUCCUUCUGUGAAGAAUACAACCGUGUGGCAGGUAGAGUGUUUGCCUCAAGUCAAUGAUUUUUUCAAUAGAUUUUGGGCUCAAAGGGAAAUGGAAAACAGUCAGCAGACUGUGCAGUCAUCCAGUUUUUAUGAGACUGAGCAGGUCGAAUCCUCUCAUUUUAUGGAGGAUAAAGAGCAGGAGGAAGCUUUGUCCUUGGACAGGAGUAAUGUCAUUGCCUCAGAUUACAUGCUGGAUGCUCAGGAUCUCAAUGAAUUUUUAGAUGAAGCUUCUUCUCCAGGGGAAUUCUCUGUUUUUUUGUUACACAGAUUGUUUCCGGAACUCUUUGACCACAGAAAAUUAGCUGAAAGGUAUAGCUGCUAUGGAGACUCUGGGAAACAACUGCUGGAUCCUCAUCGGCUUCAAGUGAUCCGUAGGUACACUGAGAUUUACUUUCCAGAUGUGCAAGAAGAAGAAGCCUGGUUGCAGCAGUGUGUUCAGCGAAUCAACGACGAGCUGGAAAACACCAACAUGGAUGGAAGCGAGGGUGACCAGAUGAGGGAUGACUGUUACGACUCUUCCAGUUUACCGGAUGAUGUGUCCAUCAUAAAAGUGGAAGACAGCUUUGAAUACGAAAAACCCGGCAGGCGCUCAAAAAAAAUCUGGCUUGUACCCAUAGACUUUGACAAGCUUGACUUUCCCCCUCCCGAUUUCGAUGUCCCUGUCCCAGAUUACCUGUUGAACAAAGAACAGAUUAAAAGCAUAUACGAAAGCAGUCUGUCCAUAGGCAACUUUGCCUCUCGAUUGCUUGUCCUCCUAUUCCCUGAACUGUUUACUCACGAGAACUUACGGAAGCAAUACAACUGCAGUGGGUCUUUAGGCAAGAAGCAGCUCGACCCCACUAGAAUUAGAUUAAUCCGACACUACGUGCAGAUACUGUACCCCAGGGCAAAGAACGACAGAGUGUGGACGUUGGAGUUUGUUGGGAAGCUUGACGAGAGGUGUCGGCGAAGAGACACGGAGCAGAGGCGCUCGUACCAACAGCAACGCAAGGUCCACGUGCCAGGGCCUGAGAGGAGGGAAUUUUUCAGCUAUGCAAUAAACUCCGAGAGGUUUCGGGAGGAGUUCGAGGGGCCGCCGCUGCCGCCGGAAAGGAGCAGCAAGGAUUUCUGCAAGAUACCACUUGAUGAACUCGUUGUUCCUAACCCAGACUUCCCUGUGCCUUCAAUGUAUUUGCUGUCUGAUAAGGAGGUGAGAGAGAUAGUGCAGCAGAGCCUCUCGGUCGGCAACUUCGCUGCCAGGCUUCUGGUGAGACUCUUCCCUGAACUCUUCACUCCGGAGAACCUCAGACUGCAGUACAACCAUUCAGGUGCUUGUAAUAAAAAACAGCUCGACCCAAUCAGGCUGAGACUGAUCCGACAUUACGUGGAGGCAGUUUACCCCGUGGAGAAGAUGGAAGAGGUGUGGCAUUAUGAAUGUAUACCCAGCAUCGACGAGAGGUGCCGGCGGCCCAACAGAAAAAAGUGUGAUAUACUGAAAAAAGCCAAGAAAGCAAAAAAGUGACGGGCUCUGGCAGUUCCUCUAAGACUUUGACCACUAAAUUAUUGUCAGGAUUGUCAUGCUUUUGGUCUAAGCUGAGGGCCCUGUCGGGAGCUGAGGGGGCUCAGCGUCUCGGACAGCCGGGCACUGGGUGUGUUGUGUGUCACUGUGUGUGUGUUGGGCGGGGGGGAAGUGGCUUUUGCUGCGUUGUACCUGGGGAAGGAGCACAAGUCAGCAGCACCUGAGCCACCCAUGACUCAGUGCAUGAUCUUCAGACCAUGCAGGUCCGUGUGUUGAAACUGUGUUGCUCCACUCCCCAUUUCUGCAUCUUUCUUUUUUAUCACUUUCUAGCAACAAAGAAUUAUUUUUUUCUUUUCUAAUGGUGCUCUUCAGGGGCAGUUCGUCAUUAUACCCUUAUAAACAGUCCUGUUAGUUAAUCUGGAGUUUGAAAUCUGACCUUAAUUUAAAUUUGAAAGUGCCAUGUUUGUUUGGAAAUCAUUGGAAUGUUAGACUUUGCUUCUACAGUAAUUGCAGCUUCACAUUUGUUUUGUUCUUGAUGAUAGUGAGAUACUGAAAACAAUGAUAGUGUCAAAUAAUGGGUCAGAAUGCUGCCAUUUGCAUUUUUGACUGUUACCCAGGUUUUGUUCCUAAAACCAAGAAUUAACUUUAGAAGAAUAUAGACACAAUGUGAAUGUUGGGGUUUUUUUUAUACUGACCCCACAAGCUUGAUCCUGCCCCUGUUGAGUUCCUUUUUUGUGUUGUCCAGCGUCGCGGCUGGCGUGGCUGAGGAUGGCUUGGCUGAGCAGCAGAACAGACCCCGGGGUUUCAGGGUCCCCAGGUGGGAGCUGUGCUAAUGUCACUUACCCUUUGAUCAGUGCAGCACCAUCAGGUGUAGAGCUGGUGACCUCUUCACUUUGCCAAAUUGACUGAGUGUAGUUAGUAGCUGUUUGAAGGCGUUAACUGUGUGUGUAUAACUUAGGUUCCUCCGGUCGAGUUUGCCUCCGUAUUAUGUUCAGUUACAAAGACCACUGAGAACCCAAUGUGAAUUUGCUGUAUGAGUCAACACUGGAGAGGGCUGCUUGAAAACUAGUUUUCCUCUUUUUGUUUGUUUGUUGUUUGUUUGGUUUUUUUUUGAUACUCAGAAAUGGUGAGAGAGAGUCAGACAUGAUAUUUUAAGACAGCCAAGACAGUGGUUGCUGCCUGACUGUCACUGGGACACCUUGAAACAAUCACUGAUGUUCUCUGUGGUCCUUUGUUGUUGUUUACUUAGAUGGGUCAUAGUAUCAAAAUUUAAUUCAAGUCCAGUGUAAUUUUCUAUUUUAGCAUUUGUAAGAAAGUACAAAAUAAUUGGUAUUUUUACUUCAGAUUUUUAGAAUUUAUUGUUCUUAGAGUCUUAUUGAUCCCUUUCUUUUAAAAACAAAACAAAACCUUUUUUUCCUAAUGUGAAGAACUAGUAAAAGUAUUAUGUUAAACUGGGAGUAAACCCUAACAGAUAGUAGCAUUUGCUCCUUUUCCCCCUAUACUAGCAACAUUCUCAAAGAAUGUUUGAAUAAAGUCAUGAAUGUACUAAAUAAUACACUGAUACUGUUAUAUCCAUUAAAUGUUUCCUGUUGGUUUAAAUAAUAGCAAACCAUGCACAAAGUGGAUACCAGAGCAAGUAUGGUUAUAAUAAUAACAUGAAAACAUUUUACCAAAGAUAUAGAACAUUACCACAAUGUUUGCAUCUUAUCUUUCAUUUUAGUGCAUAAAUUGAGUCAAGUGAAUGUAUCAUAAACCAAGACUUCUCAUGCCAUUGUAUGCUACCUAGCACCUCUGUGAAGUUUUUUUUACAUGCACUUUUGGGGGAGAUGUAAAAUGACAGAAAUUAUUAACAGCUGCUUAAUUUGCUGUUGCCAAUGGCUGGCCAGAAGGUAAGAAACAGAAGUGUAUUUUCUUACCUUAAUAUUUGUUUAACCACUUAGUGCUGUUGAAGCUGUCAGAAGAAUUAGAUCUUAACUUCUGUACAACUGGCAGAUGUUACUGGCUAGCCUGCAAAUCUGAGACAUAACUGGCUUUUACUGUAGAUGUUAAGACAUUAAGUCAACAAAUGAGGCCAUUUAUAUUAUUUACUAAGGAGUGAAAAUCCAGUUUUCACCUUUUAAAAUUGUUUCUGAAAGUGGGUAAUGAAAGAUUUUCAUUGGUUUUAUUUCUCUUCUGUCUAAUUGUUGUGUACAUUCCUUCUAUCUCACUCUUCACAAGCCUUUCAUGAUUGUGUGAUUGUAUGUUUUAUAACUGGUAGCAAGAAAAUACAGACAUAUGAAUAGUGACAUAGUUCACUGAUGAAAGCUCUUGCAUCUGAAGUACAGCCACUUCAUCCACUUGGUCAGUCUUGUAAAUAAAUUAAAGGUAUAUUAUUUUCAUACAA